AAGAAGUUUGGGACAUUGAGUGAUAAGAGAGAGAUGUUGGUGUUUGAAGAGGUUGAUGGAGAAUCCUAUGAAUGAGUCGAAGCAAUGAGAGAACAAAGCUUUGGAGAUAAGAUGCAUGGAAUAACAGCAACUCUCUCUCUCACUGCAAACACUUUUCUUUGUUGUUCCCACAACACUCACCUUUCUCUCAGAUCUCUUCAACCAAAUUGUUGCAUACCCACUUCUAAACUUAGCUAUUCAAGUCGUUUUCACCAUUUACAGUGGAAGCAGCAGAGAAAAGAAAGAUGGGGCAAUAGAAUGAUGGUGGUGAGAGCAAGGCGUGGCGAGUCGCCGUACGAAGUUUUGGGUGUGUCUCCAUCCGCAACUGUCGGCGAAAUCAAAAGGGCGUAUCGGAAACUUGCUCUUAAGUAUCAUCCUGAUGUCAAUAAAGAGGAAAAGGCACAGGAGAAAUUUAUGAGGAUAAAACAUGCAUACAAUACAUUGCUAAAUUCCAGUUCCCGCAAAAGAUAUGAUUCUGGAAGUCAAGGUUAUGAUUUUUCUCAAGGAAGCCAAAGUAGGAGUGCACAACCUGAAGAAGAAUUUUAUGGACUAGGUAAUUUUUUGAGGGAUGUUCAAAUAACAAUAGAGGACUUCUUUAAGGAUCUUCAAGAAGAAUUCAGGAAUUGGGAAGCAAACGCUGCUUCAGAAGGAAAACCAAAGAGUCUGUGGGAGGAAUUGGCGGAAAUAGGAGAAGAAUUUGUGGAGUUCCUUGAGAAAGAACUCAAUAUUACAGAUCAGAAUGAUGAUUACGAGACACCUCAGGGAGAAAAUGCAUCCAAAUUUUCUGGGAGAGAGACGCCAAGCGGUAGUAGUAGUCCAGGUGAAGCUAGCAAAGGCAACAGAAGUGUUGAGGAUAACCUUGAGGAAAUAGAAGCCACUCUGGCUCAGUUGAAAAAAGAAUUAGGCUUGUAGCAUAAAAGGAUUAGGUUCUUCCAUUUUUGGUUUAAGGUGAAUUGAGGUGAAUUAUUCUCUCUCUCUCUCUCUCUCUCUCUCUCUCUCUCUCUAGUUUCAUUUAUUUGGGUGGUUAGAGGAAUUACACUAAAAGCUAAAUCAUGGAUGUAUUGGGUUUGUAAAGGGAUUAUUCAAUUCAUAACUAAAAUAUCUAUACAAACUAUUUGGAUUUUUAGGAACAAUAACAUCUACAAAAGGAGAGAAAAAUGAAGACUUAGUGUGUCCUGGAUUUUCACGA